UUCAAAUUUACUUUUAUAUACAGUCAAAAAUCAGUCCUUUGCCGUUCAAGAAUCUCCUACCUCCCAAGCAAAGACGACCGCAGCCGUUUGCUUCGAUCCCCAACUCAACCAACAAAUCCGAAACACCAAGCUUGGAAUAUUUUCCGGUGAAACAGUAGCCGGAGCCAAUCGUACCGAUCGAUGGGUUCAAACGACGAGUUGCCGGAGGCCACGGUUCAGAACAUACUUGACCAGGACUCGCUCAAGUGGAUUUUCGUCGGCGGCAAAGGCGGCGUGGGCAAGACCACCUGCAGCUCGAUACUGUCCAUACUCCUCGCGCGCGUGCGCCAAUCCGUGCUCAUAAUCUCCACCGACCCCGCGCAUAACCUGAGCGAUGCGUUUCAGCAGAAGUUCACCAAGACGCCGACCCUCGUCAAUGGCUUCUCCAACCUGUACGCCAUGACAUUCAUUCCAUUGUUGCUAUCACAUUUGAAUUUGCUUUGUGUGGAACUGAGAGUUACAGUCAGUGGAAUUGAAUCAAGUGCCAUUGAUUUGAAUAAGGAAGUUGAUCCGAAUGUGGAACAUGAAGACAGUCUUGGUUCGGAUGCUACUGAUGGUUUUAUGUCUGAAUUAGCAAAUUCAAUCCCAGGAAUUGAUGAGGCUAUGAGUUUUGCUGAAAUGCUCAAGCUAGUGCAAACUAUGGAUUAUUCCACCAUAGUAUUCGAUACAGCUCCAACUGGCCAUACUCUACGGCUGCUACAGUUUCCUUCAACAUUAGAAAAAGGACUUUCCAAGGUCAUGAGUUUGAAGAAUAGAUUUGGUGGCUUGUUGAGCCAGAUGACCCGUCUCUUUGGUGUUGAAGAAGAGUUCGGUGAGGAUGCUAUCCUUGGAAAGCUUGAAGGCCUGAAAGAUGUGAUUGAAAAAGUGAACGAGCAGUUCAAGGAUCCAGUUGCCAUGAUUUGCGUGGCUGCUAUUUUGAAAUUAAGUAGUACCAGAUUUUACUUGGGAUGUGCUAAUAACAAAAAUAUGGAGCUGGAUUUGACAACAUUCGUCUGUGUCUGCAUCCCAGAAUUCCUUUCUCUUUACGAAACAGAACGCCUUGUACAGGAGCUCACGAAAUUCGAGAUCGAUACACAUAACAUCAUUAUCAACCAAGUAAUUUACGAUGAAGAAGUUGUUCAGUCAAGAUUGCUCAAAGCUCGAAUGCGCAUGCAGCAAAAAUACUUGGAUCAGUUUUACAUGCUAUACGAUGAUUUUCACAUUACUAAGCUGCCUUUGCUACCUCAAGAGGUUUGUGGGGUUGAAGCCUUGAAAGCAUUUUCCUGCAACUUUUUAUCACCUUAUAAACCAUCGAUUAACAGAGGAACAGUUGAAGAGCUCGAGCUGAGGGUUUCGACUCUAAGAGAGCAGCUCAGAGAUGCUGAAACCGAACUCGAAAAACUGAGAAAGGGUAAAGAAAAAGUUUAGAGAGAGUGGAGUUUUUGCUGUCUUAAAAUGGUGCUUUUAUUCUUUUUUGAACUUAAAUUAGUGAUGGCAAGAUUGACUGUAAUUUUGCAAAUGAUAUAUGCUUUGUAUAAACUUGCUACAGUUAAUUCACUUGGAUCAAAUCGUGCAUGACUGAUUCUUGUGUGAGACGGCCUAACGAUUAGACGGGUCGACCUAUCAUAUUUUUUGAACAAGAAAAAUGAACUUAUAUUAUGAAAUAUCAUAUAUUUGUUUUUUUUU